GCGCUCUGGUCCUCCUCUGCGCGCUCUGUGUCUCGCCUCGGAAAAACUGCGACGGAGACCUGGAUCACCAAAAGUUUACCGAAUCGGUUUAGAGAUACCGGGCUUGGGGCCGGACUGAUUCGGUGUGUGUUUUUCUGAGGACUGGGGUGUUGCGUUUCGUUUGUUUCUUUAAACUUUAAACUUUUGCAGUUCCGCCAUGGAGACGCUUGGUCUCCUCGCGAUGCUGUGCGCCUUAAUGGCUGGAGCGCAAACGCAGAACCAAAAAGAAAGGUUUGCGGAUUGUCCAGUUGACCUUUUCUUUGUGCUGGAUACAUCUGAGAGUGUCGCCCUCAGAAAGAAACCUCCCAAAUUUUAUAUUGACCAGGUCAUACACUUCACCAACAACUUCAUAGAUGAACUCAGGGAAUUUCGCCACCGAUGCGACCGCACCCUGACGUGGAACUCGGGAGCUCUGCACUACAGUGACGAAGUCAAACUCAUUCGCGGGCUGAGCGACAUGAGGACAGAUCGCAAGGCCCUGAAGGAUGACAUUACGCGCAUCGACUUCAUCGGCAAGGGCACGUAUACCGACUGUGCCAUCAAGGAGGGUCUUGGUCAGCUGCUCAAUGGGGGCACGCACUACCAAGAGAACAAGUACAUCGUGGUGGUGACCGACGGUCAUCCCAUUACUGGUUACAAAGAGCCAUGUGGAGGCGUGCAGGAGGCUGCUAACGAAGCCAAGCAACAUGGAGUCAAAGUGUUCGCUGUUGCCAUCUUACCUGACCAGGAGGAGACCAGGCUGUCACUCAUUGCCACAGACCAGACCUACAGACAGAACUUCACUGCUGCAGACGACACCAGAUCCACAAAGAUGGGAACCAUUCGAACCAUCAUAGAAAUGAUCACAAACGAGACAAAGGAUGCGUGUUGCUCGUUCGACUGCAUUGCUCCAGGAGGGGAUGCGGGACCAAAGGGAGACAUUGGCUCAAAUGGAGAAACAGGUAGACCAGGCAUGCCCGGAGAGAAAGGAGAUGUCGGCAAAAUGGGCAACCUUGGAGAUACUGGUCCUGUUGGUUACACUGGAAUGAAGGGCGACCGCGGUGGCAAAGGAGGAAAGGGUGACAGAGGACACAAAGGCUACAAGGGAGACAAAGGUCAAAGGGGAAAUGAUGGCAUUGACGGACGCAAGGGGAAAGAUGGUUUCGCUGGUCUUCCCGGCUGUAAAGGAUCUCCCGGAUCAGACGGCCUGCAGGGAGAGUCUGGACCAAAGGGAGACUCUGGUCCUUAUGGACUGAAAGGAGGAAAAGGAGAUCCUGGAAAAGACGGAGAACCGGGAAGGCCUGGAAACUAUGGCCCACUGGGACCUCAGGGUGAGCGGGGCCCUCGCGGAAACAACGGGGACAAAGGAGAGCGCGGCGAUGACGGCGAACCGGGACCGGAUGGAAAUCGCGGCGAGAGAGGACAAGUUGGAGAGAAGGGCGAGCAAGGUUCCCGUGGAAACAGAGGUCCAAGAGGAGACGGGGGGGAGCCAGGGCCCCGUGGAGAGCAGGGGAGGGAGGGCUCAGCUGGCCCCAACGGAGACCCCGGCCAGUCUGGCAGGGCCGGGUCUCCUGGCUACAGAGGAGAUGAAGGCCCACCUGGACCAGAAGGACCCAAAGGGCCGAGAGGAAUCAAAGGAGCUCCGGGAGACAGAGGCCUGAUCGGGGAGAGGGGAGAAGAUGGUGUAGCAGGAAACGGAACUGUGGGUUGUCUUGGUUUCCAGGGUUAUCCUGGGUCCCGCGGAGGCUCUGGUGAGCCGGGUGGCAAAGGAACUCCUGGACCCAAAGGAGAUGACGGAGACGCCGGAGAUCCAGGCCCCGAUAACAACGAACCAGGACCUCCAGGAACCAAAGGGGCCAAAGGUCACAGAGGACCAGAAGGCAAUCCGGGACCUAUUGGGCCUCCUGGACCACCAGGAACCGAUGAAUGUGAAAUUCUGGAUAUCAUCAUGAAGCUCUGCUCUUGUUGUGAGUGUAAGUGUGCGGCUCUGGACCUGGCGUUCAUUGUGGACAGCUCAGAGAGUAUCGGUUCCACAAACUUUGCUCUCGCCAAAGACUUUAUCAUCACAGUCAUAGACAGACUGACCAAAGACCAGCAGCUCAAGUUUGCAAGCAAUCACUCCGGGUUGAGCGUAGUCCAGUACAGUGGAUCGCAGGCCCAAGAAAAAAUCAGACUGGAUUCCACCGGCCUCAUCGCAUUUAAAGAGAAAGUGAGGAAUAUGAAAUGGCUGGCCGAGGCCACAUACACAGGCGAGGCCCUGGAUUUCGCUCUGACCAACACACUCAGCAUGAUGACCCAUGAGAACAAAGUCGUUAUCGUUCUAACAGACGGACGUUCCGAUAGAUCCAGGGACAAGGUUCCCAUCAACGUACUCUGUGGUAAAGGUCUCCUGGUGGGUGGUUUGGGAGUGAAGGACUACUCGGGCCGUGAGCCCAACCAUGAGCAGCUCGGGGAAUUGGUUUGUAAGAGUGACGCCAAGCCAGGCUUUGCCUUUGUCCUGGACAACUUUGCCGAGCUGCUAGAUGACUCUUUCCUGCAGAACCUCACAUCCAGAAUCUGUCAAAAUAAGACGUGCCCAGACUACAAAUGUCCCCUGUCUUUCUCGGAAAGUGCUGAGAUUUUGGUGAUGAUGGACAGCUCGGCAAGCGUGGGCCAGAAGAACUUCGCCACUACCAAGACCUUCGUCAGCCGCUUGGCCGAGCGUUUCCUGACCGCCGAGAGGAAGAGGGGGGCCACUGUCAAAAUGGGUGUGGGCCAGUACAGCCGAAGCUCCCGCAUGGAGCAGGCGCCGACUACCAAUUUAACCCUUCUAACCUAUCACACUGAAGAGGCGGCCUUCCAAAACGACGGCACCAACGUGUUAGAGGCCAUGGAAUUUGCCGUGAAGACCUUACCUGGUCGUGGAGACGCGUCAGGGGACAGGAGGAAGCUGGUGCUGUUCUCUGACGGCAGGUCUCAGGACGUCACUGAGGCCUUGCUGGAGAAGCGUGUCCGUGAGGUGGCGGACGCCGGGGUGGAGGUCUUCGUCAUCGCCGUUGGCAGCCAAGUCAAUGAGGUCAACCUGCGCACGCUGGUGAGCAAGGGACGGCGGGACGACAUCAGCUACGCCCAGCGCCACCUGUUCCGGGUCUCAGACUACAACUCUCUGCUUCACGGGGUCUUCCACCAAACAGUCUCCCGCCGGGUGUCCACCAACAAGCUUUAGAUUUUUAGUCCCAAUAUGAAUAUUCAGUCUCACUCAUUUACCGUACACUGUGUUCGAGUACUUUAAAAAAAAUGUUAAAUAAAUAAUUGUCACAAAAGGACAAACGAUUGUGUGUAGGUCAAAAGGAAAUGUUUUCAUGAAGUUUACCUGGAACCUUUUUUUACCCUGAGUUGAGCUUCCGAGGCAGGUUAUCUCAGGCUGUGUGUAAUUUCCACCUUCCGUGCUGAGAUCAUUGGACUAUAACCCAAAUGAUGGUGCUAGCCUAAACAGUUUUAGUGCUCGUUGUGACAGUACACAACUGGAAGAGAUUGCUGCCCGGAAGGUCAGUUUUAGGGUUAAAAAUGUCCCAUGUCGAAAGGGGUUGCCUUGUCCCUGGAGAGCCAUAGUAAAGGCCACAACUAAACUAAAUGUAGCCUUUAAAUGCAUUGGGCUGAUCUCUACUCAGGUGCACUGCAUACCCUGCAUCAUGUCCUGGUAGUCAAGACCCGUCCUCUGGCUUACUUCAACUAGUGUGGGUUGAAAAUGGCUCAGCGUGACUACACUAUCUUGUCUCUCCAGGACUUGGAGCUCCUACCAUUCGAAGGAUUUGUAUUAAGGGUUUAAUGUGGGCUCCGUUUUCUAGCUCUUACCACUUUUUCAAGAGGUGGCAGAUUUGUGGUGUCACAGUUUUACAACGUAGAGGAACCAGCCGUGGAAGGAAAACAUAAAAAUUAUUUGGCAAGUGCUCGUUUUACCUAAAUAAUUGUUAACCCCAAAGAAUUGCGCAUGACAGGCUAGUCAACUUUGUUUUAGGUUUGCAAAGGUCAGUUGGAAAAGCCAUAACUUAUGACCAACUUGGUGAAAAGUCUCACCCGACAUCACUUGAAAUCUUUGUUAGAUCACCAAACCGACCGGGAAAACAGGAAAUUACAUCCAAAACACUUCCAAACAAUCCAAUCCAUACUUCACCUGGUAAUAAUGACGACACCACAGCUGGACUCAGCAUGUUUGUUCUAUCCAAGUGUGUGUAGCUGUAUGUGUGUCAGCACCUCUGUCUGUACAUCAAUUGCAUGUAUAUGUGUGUGUGUGUGUGUGUGUGUGUGUGGUGGAGUUCUUUUUAUGUGUAGCCCUGGGUGAUUGCUCUAUAAACAGUUGUGCCAGUUCAAAUGACAGAAUGACAGAAACCUGUUCUUUGUUGUCUGUGAAGCAGACAACAAAGAACAGCAGAGAGGCAAAGAGGCCUCACACACACACACACACACACACACACACACACCUGUGUGCCCCAUCAUUUAGGUAGGAAAACAUCUGUCAUGGUUGAAGGCUGGAGAAGAAACGUAUGUGAGGCCCUCACACCCACUUUUAUGAUUCCCCUCAACUGCUUCACACGCUCAGUUUCAUUGUCAUCCGUGGCCCAGAGUCACUGUACUGUUGUUAUUAUCUGUGGUGCUAUUAGUCUCAGUGUAUCAGCCUCUACCCAUGUUGUUAAAGAAGAUAUGUUUACCUGAGGAUGCAAAACCUUAGUAGUGUUGUGAGAGCUCCUUCAAUAAAGGUUGCUACACCAAA